CGUCGGCCACUGUUUCUCCUUCGACGCGACCCGCACAGCAUCUUCGUCUUGUGUGAUAGUGUGAUGCACGGCAGAGUGAUAUUGUAAACGUUUCCAGCAAAGCAAGGAGUUUGUGCCCGGUCUGCUGAUACACAUUUUAUUUGAUUACACUUACUUUGCUGUUGAACAGUGGCAUUGAAGGAUUUUUUUGUUGGUGACAGAAUAAUUCAAAAUGACUACAAAGUUGAUGAAAUAUUUAUUGGCGGACGCCCGAGACGUCAAAGACAGCGGCCCGUCACCCUACGAGGGCGACAGCAACCUCGUGCUGGCCAUUCAGCGUCACGGGCCCAGCCACGUUCGCGCUCGGGCAAGGAAUCGCCUCUCCCUUGAUCUUGACCUCGCCGGGCCUCAUGCCCCGGUCGAGUCCAAGGAGCUGGGCAAAGACCAGGUCCGGUAUCGGAGGAGAGCAACCGACGGCGUCCAAGCGAACAGGCAUUCUCUGAAUCUCGACCUCCUGAACGGCCAGGACAGCCAAAGUAACCAGUAUGGCGGACGGCGGACAGUGCACUUCAGCAUUCCUGGUACCCCUGGUGCGGACCAGGAACAUGCGCUUCAAGACGGCUACCAGGAUACCAUCCGCAGGAGGUACCGCCCUCCGGACCGAACCGACAGUGGAAGCGACGGGGAGAGCGCCGGUGACUACGUCGGAGUCUCCCCUCGCCUCCUGAAGCUCCUCGAGAUCAAGCCCAAGGAUUACGCCGAGGCCCAGCGCCUGAAGAAGAUGCUGAAGCGGGCCGUCAGCCGACCUGACACCACCUUCGAGGACCUCAAGGUGUACCGCAUCGCCAUGAAGCGACUAAGGCGCAUCGUCAGGCAGGAACAAGAGAAGGAGAUCAUGCGUCAGGAAGAAGAGGAACGACAGGAAAAUUUCCAGAAGUUCAUCGACAAGCUGAGCACGCCCUCCUCCAGCUUCGGGUCCAGGUACGAAUCGAACGCCGCCAGCAGCAAUGUGCCCACCGUCUCCUACCGCGCCGCCCUCAGCAGGGAGCGCUCGGCCUCCCAGGAGCGCGCCGCAAAUGAGAGCAGGACGAACUACGGCUCUGGCUCAGGCGGCAGUACCUACAGCUCCCGCUUCGGCUCCAACAGCAACGAGAAGCCUUCCGGGGUUUCAUCCAUCGCUUCAAAGUUCGGAGACACGAAACCUGCGUCGCCCACUUACAGAGUCCGCCCCUCCUCCCUCUCCACCACCUCCACCGCGCCCACCUCCACCACGCUCUCUGCUCCCUCGCCCGCUUCCUCCUCCAGAUUCUCCAGAGAGACCUCUCGCUCCGAGGGCGGGAGGUCUCCGGGAGGCUCCUACACCUCACGACUCAACAGCGGUACAAAUUUCGAACGAUCAGGGUACACUUCUGACGCGAAGUCGGGCUAUGGCUCCGACUACAAUAAAUCUGGCUAUGGUUCAGGCUAUGGUUCUGGCUCCAACUACAGUUCUCGCUACAGUUACUCGCGAAGUAACAGUUACAUGAAAGACUCGGAGCCCAGCAACUCAUAUAAGCCCACUUACAGUAGGGAGAACAGCUAUCUUGGCAGCGAUACAGGCAGUGGGUCAGGCUGGAGGUCCCGUGUGUACGGAAGUGACGCCGAAACGAACUCGAACACUUACACGAGGACGAGAACUCGUGACAUGACAAACUCUGUUGACCAGACGGAUCAGGCGAAAUCAGCUCAACAAAAUGGCACUGAAGUCGCCGUACCUGCUUUCAGAGAGGCUAUAGAUAAAUUGACUAAAGCUGCAAUGGAUGACCAGAGGGAAGGGAAAAAUCUAGAGCUUUUGUCUCCGAACGCAGUGAGAGUCUUGCCGAGCUUUACUCCAGGGGAAAUUGUACUAAAGAACAAAGCUCCAGCCGACUUUAGUUCUGCUGCUGAAAGUUCUGACGAUGAAGCAAAUAAGAAGAAAGAUGAAAAUAAGGCAACAGAGCCUACACCAAAUACCACAAGCACGCCUACUCGAGCUUUCCGCCACCUGGCAGCUGUUCCAGCACUGCCAACGAAGCCUUCUACUUCUCCAACACAAGGCUUGGCUGCUCCUCCUACCUUCAAACGAUCGUCCAGAUACUCAACCGCCGCCACAGACAGCCUUCCGACUUCCACGUCACCGUCCAAAUGGUUGAAAGACAAGGACGAAUCAGCCUCACCGACGCCAACGGCACGCACGAGAAGCAACCUGUCCGUUGGUGACUCGAGUCCAAAGUCCACGUCGCCUCUUCCACCUCGUUCUCCCGUCCUCGGCCAUGGGAAAGCAUCCACUUCCCCAACAGUCGAGAGAAAAGGAACGUCUGACAUUGGAAAUAAGGAAUGCCGAAAGUCAGUCCUUAAUAUGGAUAUCAAAGCUAGUGAUACAGAAGCUAUGAGGAAGCAGCAAGAAGAGAAGAGAGAAGAACUAAGAAGACUAAGGAGACAGCGGGGAAAUGACGAUGACAAAGGAAGCAGAAGACCUCCCACUGGAACUGUGAGGACAAGGUCAGGAGCCAAGCUCGAAGAGAUAAGUCGGCAGCGAUCCAAAGGCUCUGGAUCUGACCUAACGAAACUAGGAUCACAGUCGAAAGUUCCAGAAGAGGAGGAGGAAUCUAGCAGUAGUGACGAAGAAAAACGAGAAGACAAACCUCCAGUGCCUCCUUCAGUGGAGAAAACAUCGUCUAAGUCCAGGGUUGUAGAAAGAAAACAUUCCAAAGGUAAAGGAGAUGCCAUGCGCCGCAGUGGUUCAAUGCGACGCUUCCGACAGUCGUCUCAGACAAGCAAAACAUCCUCUGAGUCGUCCUCGUCGGAGAGUGAGGAUGAAACGCCUGUGGUCACCAUCACUCUACGCAGAAGGCGGAGGAGCUCCCGAGAAGAUAUGUCAGGAGAAAAUCAAAGUCGUCUAUCUCCACGAACAUCCCCACGGAUGGCGAAAAAGGGUUCCUCAGACGAUAUACUGGAAGGUCAGCGAUCUCGCAACAACUCGACAUCGAAUUUUGUUGGGAGGAGAUCGCGCCAAAGUUCAAAUAACUCAUCGUCCAAUCUGGCUAGAUCUCGCUCGGGUAAUAAUUCUCGCGGCAGCAUCGGCGACGUAGAAAAAUCCCGAAGUAAUUCACGAUCCAGCAUUCUUGGCGACAAAAAACUGUCCAUUGGCCCAGACAUUGACAUAGGAGAGAGGAACGACUCAUCUAGCAAAAUUGCAGGAAGCAGGAGCAAAAGCAAUAACAAUCUUUUGCGUGGCAAAUCUGGCGAAAAGCUUAAACGAACCAAAGAAGCCAAGAGUGAGAGUUCCAGUGAGAGUGAGACAUCGGAAACCUCAGAGUCCAGUGAAUCUGCCGGCGAAGAAGGUCAGUUCUUCUCCCUUGCUAAAUCUCGAUCAGUUAAGAAAUCCAAGUCGGGCCUGAACAAGCUCACUGAGAAAAAUGAAACGUCAAAACUAGAGGAACUGGGAGACAGGACAAGUCCAGAUGGUAAGGAACAUGUAUCAAGAACAAACUCAGGAACAAAUUCAGAAUUUCCUUAUAAUAAGACCGGCGAUGCUGCUGUGUCCAACAAGUCCGUGUCUGAACUGGGGACAUUUGAAUGGCCAAGCGGGAGUCCAUGUGCCUCUCGUGCAAACAUCUACGGACAUUCACCUUACACAAACAAUACUGAGAAUGACGCUCAAGACACAUCAAAGAACGACGAGAGCAAUUCCUUGGGUACCUUUGAGUGGGGAAGUGGCAGUCCAGAACUACACACGAAGACAGAUGAUACAGCUGAUAAAGACCUGGGUACUUUCGAGUGGCCUUCAGGAAGUCCAGAACUGAGCCGUCGUAAAGUAACACAAGCAGAAGAACAGGGUGGUUCUGACUGGAAUAUUAGUACAAGUCCCACAUUCCCAAGGAGAACGAAAAUGGUGAAUAGAUACGACACCGAAACGGAAACCGAGACAGAACUCAAUUUAUCGGACGAAACAGACGAAGAGAUCUCCAAAAUGCCAAGUGUCGCCGAAGAGACGGAAGACGACUUCAAUUUCGAAUGGCCGAGCAGUCCGGUGCUCGGGCAGCGCCGGGCCUUCGGGUCAGACUACGACACGCAAAACGAAAAUGAGACGUUUGAGUGGCCAAGCAGCCCGGAUCUGCCGGUGAUGAAAAAUCCAAAGUUCAUCAGUUUUACCGAAGACAUAGACCAGCUUCUCAGCAAUGACGUGGAAGACAAUUUUGCUGAGAUGGAAAGAUUAUUGGGUUACUCCCCCCCGCCAACGGAAGAAGAAGGAGAUGAAACGAAGAGCACCUCAAGCAAGGUCAGUAGCGGUGCUCUAGACUCAAAAGCGUCGACGGAGGGAGGCACAGGGGAGGAGGAAGAGGAGGAAGAAGAAGAGGAGGAGAACGAAGCAGAAAACGAAACUAAAGUUGAGGAGAAGAAGGAAUUGCUGAAGGAUCGGGCGAGAAAGAAUUUGUCACUUUUCAUAGGAAAACUAACAAACAUCGAUGAGAUUCUGGGGUCAGUUCUGAAGCCCUUGACGUCAUCUAAGAAGAAGGAAGCCUCAGAGGAUGACGGUCAGCACCGCAGGAAAGUUGUUAAAGUUCCCAAGAAAAUUGACUUCAAGAAUCUUCGGGAUUCGAGCGUGGAGGAGAUCGACGCCGCCGACGUGAAGGUGCACGACGCCAAGGCCAACCGGGCGGAGAUCGACGAGAACAUCGAGGAAAUCGACGCUUCGGCCGUGAUCAUCCGACAAAAGGAGAAACGAGAAGCUCUCCGGGCCGAGAUCAUCAGCGCUGUCAAGGCAGGGUUGGACGACGCUACUUUGCAAGUGUACCGCGACGGGGACUACGGCACUUACUUGGACCUCGAGUCUUCGCUGGCAGAGCAAGCCGAGGACAUCGACGGUCUCACUGACAGUAAAAAGAAUGCCAUUAUUCUUCGAACUCAACUGUCUGUCCGUGUCCAUGCCAUCAUCGAAAAACUGCUCAAUUCCGAGGGCCGAGAGCUGCGCCGCGCCCUCUUCUCCCUCAAGCAGAUCUUCCAGGACGACAAGGACCUCGUUCACGCCUUCGUUCAGAAUGAUGGCCUCACUUGUCUCAUCAAGGUUGGAUCCUCGGCCGACCAGAAUUACCAGAACUACAUUCUUAGAGCCCUCGGUCAGGUGAUGCUUUACGUCGAUGGCAUGAACGGCGUCAUGGAACACCAGGAGACCAUCCAGUGGCUGUACUCGCUGAUCUCCUCCAAGUACCGCCUCGUGGUGAAGACGGCUCUCAAGCUCCUCCUCGUGUUUGUGGAGUACACGGAGUCCAACGCGCUCAAGCUGAUCACGGCCAUUGAGACUGUGGACGCAUCCAGAGGUGACCCCCCAUGGUCUACCAUCAUGCGGCUUCUGGAGGGCCGCGACAGCUUGGACAUGGAGCUGCUGACUUAUGCCAUGACGCUCGUCAACAAGACGCUGAACGGCAUCCCAGACCAAGACACUUACUACGACCACACCGACUUCCUGGAGGAGCAGGGCAUGGAAACACUCAUCGAGAAAUACAUGCACCGUCCAGAUAGUGAUUUGGACUUGUUGCAGCAGUUCACUAUUUAUGAAGCAGUUUUAUCAUAUGAGGAUGGUGAUGAUGAAUGCCGCACUCGCACUAUUGAUCCAACUAUCAGACAAGUCCCAAGAAUAUCAUCUACGGAUAGAGAUUCCAUUGAUCGCCGCAAGUCUCGAAGACACCAUCAGUCUCCUUCACCAACCAAAAUGAAAAAGCUAGGAGUCAACCUGGGAGACAGCGGUGGUAGACAGUCCAGCAGUGAUGAGGACCAUGUGACUAUUAUCAACAUUAAUGGUGAAUCCUUUGGCAUACCACAGGACGAUCUUAGUAGUGUUAAGCAUGCAGAUGCAGGAGUCACACCUGCAUUGCGUCGACGUCGUGAGCGAGCUGAGCGCCAUAGAACCUUCAUCAACGAGCAGGAAAUCAUCAAUGAAAGUCGCCGUGGCUCUCAAUCAUCUGACAAUGUCGAAGAUGAAAAUCGCAAGAACAUCGAACUGUCUGGUCUCAACAAGCAGGCUUCUUGGAUGAUGGACAUGAUGUAUGCCAAACGUGAGGAAGAUGGCACAGGGCGUAGGGAAUCUCUAACCAAUAUACAGGACAUUGCCUCAAGAAUAUCCAGCCUUCAAGACAAAGAGAAUGUUGAUAAUAAUAUGCGUAUGCCUAUUGAGAUCAAUUCAGGGGCAUCAGUUAAGGAACUACAAGAUAAGAUGAUGAAUACUAGUUCAGGUCAACUCGCUGAUGGAGAAAAACCUGGGCGAAAGGGUGACAUAAGUGAUCGUAUCAACAAAAUCAAGGAUGGUCUCUCUAAGUCACAUUCCAAAGGAGAGAUAAAAGACAGUCCCAUUCCAGUACCAGAACCACCAAAGAAGUCAGAGAAUGACAUACAGUGGGAGCUUUUGAUGAAGCAUCUGAACAGACCUUUGCAACUCUGUGAUCUUGAUUUCUCUGACCUAAAUGCUCAGGAUGAUCAGUUGACUCUGGAGAGCAAUAAACCAGGAUGUCCACCACCUCCACCUCCACCUGGUGGAGCACAGCCUGCAGGUCCACCACCACCACCACCUCCUGCUGGACCACCUCCUCCUCCUCCACCUGCUGGAGGACCUCCACCACCACCACCGGUACCUUUAAAGCGGCCAGGUCCUCCUCCAGCUCCAGCGGCACCUCAAGAUGGUGAUGCUCCACCACCACCACCACCUCCUCAGAAUGGUGUUGAUGGUCAGCAGGAUGACUCAAACAAGCCACACAAGACAAAGAAAACCAUUAAGCUUUUCUGGAAGGAGGUGCGCGAUCCAAGAAUACCUGAGGCUACUAUAUGGGACAAGAUGGAAGACAUUCCAGUUGAUACACAAAAGCUUGAGCAUCUCUUUGAAUCCAGAGCAAAGGACCUUAUAGCAAAGGUAAACUUUUAUUGUCUUAGUAAUCUAAAUGUCUUAAUAUAUGCAGUAUUACUUAUGAAGCGGGUAUUAGUGGUGCACAUUAUAAAGCUGAUUUAUUUAACAAAAAUACGAGUAUGUCCACAGGUCAAGCAUGAUAUUAUUUAUAAUCUGUUAAUAACUUGGCCUUUACUGUAAGAGGACUGAGAUAAAUUUAGCAUGGCUACAGCUAUAAUACUAACCCAAAAUACAAUAUGAAUAUCAUGUAACAUACUCUUGAGUCUAACAUGUUUAGGGUUAUCAUCUACAAGCUGAAGUAUCAGCAUCUGCACCUGAA